AUGGUGGCUGGCAUCUUCCCGCUUGCUACGGAGCCAUCCGUAAAGGAGGCGGACCUUGAUGAAGUGGGCGAGUCCUUCGACCUGGUGGUUACUGGCUGCUUUUCGCCCUGUGGCCUGCAGGAGAAAGAGGACAGCGCGAGCUGCCUUAGUCGUGACGAAGAAACAGACAAGAUGCGCCACGAAAGUGGCCUGCAGAGUAACUUCCGCGCGCACCUUGCAGAAUACCUUAAGUGUGCAUUUUGCUUUAAAGCGUUUCAUUCUAAAAGAGACCUCGCAAGGCAUCUUCGUGUGCAUACUGGCGAGAGGCCUUUUAAGUGUGAUAACUGUAUGGCACGAUUUGCUCGCAAAGAUAAAUUAGUCAACCACAUGCGCACCCACACUGGUGAGAAGCCAUUUGAAUGUGAUGUGUGUAAGAGACGUUUUGCUCGCAAAGAUGAUUUAGUUGUACAUAUUCGUAUCCACACUGGUCAGAAGCAAUAA